GUGCGAAUCACACUCACGGCCAUUUUCUCUCGGAGUUUGGUACGGUGAUGGCCCCACGCUGCGUAUCGACUAAGUAUCGGAUGGGGUGGGGUAUAGAGGAGAGGCGAGGAAGGGUGGCGGUUGCGUCCUUACUCGCGCGGGUUACCCGUUACUCGUUCCCUUUAACAAUCGGUUUUCCCUCCGCGCGCGCGCGCGCGCGUGCACCCCGUCUUUCACGACUAUCUUCCGUCGAUGGUUUUUUUUUAGUCGUGUCUUCUUUUUUUGUCGUCGCCUUCGUUCUCAAGUGCAGGCCGGCAGACCGCGCGCGUUCAUAGAACCGUUCGUGGAGCGCGGACGAGAGGGGUGGCGUACGUGAACCGUACGUGUCCUUGGCCGCGAGCCCGCGAGUCGUCUCGCGAUUACCGGUCGACGAUCGCAUUGGCACGGGCCAACGAGUGUCAACGUUCAGGUACAUGAAUUCCGCUUACGAUCUGCAAUGAAUUUCCCGCCGUUCGGAGGUCACUUCCCUAGCACUAUACCAAGUAUCCAUCAAUUCGCGACCGAUAGUUCCAGUGGUGCGGGUGCGCGUUACGCCAAUCAUUUUCCCAACCAGCCUCCGAUCGGAGUGCCGGUCGUGGGAAAAUACCGUCCCGAGAACAACGGCGUACAAUCCGCUCAAUCGCAAGUGAUGAUGAACACGAAGGUUAGCUAUCCCAACAGUAAUGUUCACCAUUAUCCAAAUGUGUCAUACUCUCAAGCCCAGUCGGUUCAACAACGACCAACCAACUCGCCUGGAAUGCAAGAGAAACGAUCGUAUCAUCAGCAAUCCACGGAAACCAUAAAUCAACAGGAUGUUUGCAACUUGCUUCAAGACAAGGAAAAGAACAAGGAGAAAAAGGUAGAGGAACAACAGCGCAACGGGGAGACUACUACGAACGGUACUCAACAAGAUUACACGAUGCACCAACAUCACCAACAGCACGCUCAUACUCAGACCCCAGCAACUAUGCCUGCGACAUGGCAGUCGCUCGCGACUCCUGGUUCCACCGUAGCUGAUUAUCUUAGCCAUUUACCAGCUAGCACUUUGCCAUUAAGUUUACACCAUUUUCUCAAGUAUUCUGCCGAAAGUAUCAAGAAGGAGUCGGAGAUGGCGCAAACAACCUCAGUGGCUGUAGCGACUACGACAACUCCCAACAUUAUGAUGUCACCGAAUAAUAAAAAGAAGAAAAAGAAGAAGACACCGAAAGAAAAGAAACCACGUCCGAAGCCUGGCGAAAUUCGUCUAACGACAGCGUUGGAUGGUUCGACGUUAUAUUGUUGUCCGGAAUGCCAUAUGGCGUAUCCAGAACGUGAAUUGUUGGAGCAGCACCUUUUAGGUCACACUUUAGAGAGAAGAUUCGUUUGUGACAUAUGUGGUGCUGGCUUGAAACGAAAAGACCAUCUUACGCGUCAUAAACAGAGCCACAAUCCUGAGCGACCUUACGUCUGCACAGUUUGCCUGAAGGCUUUUAAACGAAAGGAACAAUUAACGUUACAUUUUGUUAUACAUUCUGGGGAGAAACGACAUGUGUGCACCGAAUGCGGCAAAGGAUUUUAUCGGAAGGAUCAUUUACGGAAACACACCAGAAGUCACAUCGCGAGAAGAGUGAAAGCUGAAUUAAGUCAGAAUGCUGGCACGCAACAGAAUCAACAGCAAAAUAAUGUUUCGAGUAUGCAAACCACAACCGUCUCAGCAUCGUCUGUUCUUCCGGGUGGACAUCCGGGUCCCCUCCUGUCCUGAGCCCCGCCACCAGGGAACUUCCAAGUUCCCCAUCCAAAUAAUAUUCUUCAUAGUCAUACAUCGCAUCAUUCGUUACACCAUCAUCAUUUAACGGCGGUAAAUGUAGCGCAUCAAUCGAGCGUCACUCCACUCGCUACGUCUGGUCAUUAUCAGUCGCAUGAGCUUAGCUUUUUGGGACACGUUAAAGAUUUCUGAGACGAGGAGAGGACCUCGGUGAAGAGGUAACAUCAAGAGGUAACAAGACGCUAACCGAUUGUCACUAUCGUCGUUGACGAAAACAAUGACGACGAUGACGACGACGACGACGACGACGACGACGACGACGACGACGACGACGACGAUGAGUAGUUCUAAGACUGACAUCCCAUGAUUUGGAUCGAGUGAAUUUUAUAUCAAUUAUUUGCGUUAUUAUGUAUUUCAAAAUCUCUCGUUUUGUCUUGUCAACAUAAUAAGGAAAGGGAAGAUGCAGAGGGGCACGGAGUGAUGUCUCACACACGUUUCUUCUUCAAGUCUUAAUUUAUUUUUGACUUACCUCGUAUUUGUCCUGUUUUGUUUUUGCAUUGCCAGUAAUAUUCUCACCACAAUAAUAUUAUACAUCAAGAGAUAUGAGAUAACAUUUUGCACAAAUAUGCAAGAUAUCCAAUUGUAAGAAAUUUUUGAAACUAAGCUAGAUCCGAUAAAUUUCUUUUUACUCUCUUUUAUUUUGCAAAUAACAUAUUUUAUAAAGAUCAUUUUUGUCUAGCAGUAAAUUAGAUAAAACUUAAAAUUAUUUUUAUCAAGAAUUUUUUUACUUUUUAAAGAUAUGAAUCAUAAUUUUUCACAUGAAUUGAUUUUUCUAGUCAUUUUACACAUGUAACGAUAUUAAGAUGAGAUCGUAAAAAAUAAAGCUUGUACUCGUAAAUAUAUUACACAUUUAUUUAAUGAAAAAAAUAUUUGUUCACAUACAGUUUUUGAGAAAUUUUUCUCUAUUCUCUAUAAUUGGACAUCUUGUAGGUGUAACAUGUAACUGCGAUUCUCGGUGAGACAUAAUAAAGCGUAUCUUUUAGAAAAAAGAACGCUUUUUCAAAAUAUAAAAGAUGAAAAAAAAUAGUCGUAGACGUAUAUGCUCUUUAUAGCACAAACAAAAGUACAUAUGUGGAAAGAGUAUUAAUUUUUUUCCACGGGAACUAGAGUAGAAGUUUGACUACAAGUCAAAAAUUCUUGCCAUACGUCGUGUACGUUGAGGAAAAAGAGGAUAUUUUUAUGAAAAGUCGAUGUAACUUAGCAAUUAAGCAAAUCGAUGUGAGAGAGAGAGAGAGAGAGAGAGAGAGAGAGAGAGAGAGAGGUGGACAGGCAGAGAGAAUAGUAUAUGUGUGUGUGUGUGUAUGUGUAUGUGUGCAAAAGAGAUAACAUCUCUUUUUUUAAAUUGUUUUCUUUAUAUUAUUACGUUGACAUAUGAGUUUUUUUUCGAUAAUUGUCAAUAUUUUUAAAUUUUUUGUUAAAUGAUAUUACAAGUGCAAAUAGUGUAAAAGGAAUGAAAAUUACAUAUUAUAAUAUUCCUAAUACACAUUAUAAUCGAGUCGCAGGUUAACUCACCGAUUAGAAAAGUGUUUUUAUUUUAUAAAAGUAGAAUUAUUUACUUUUUUAUAGUGCACAACGGGAAAAGAUUAUUUAUAUUAAUUGUAAAUUUUUUUGAUUAUGUAUGAUUUAUAUCUUAUUAAAAUGUGACAAAAUAGUAGCAAUAUUUCGCGAUGGAUAAAAUCAUAUUUCGUUUUAUUAAAACUUUGUUUUUUUUCGUUAAUAUAGUUAACGAUAUUUUAUAUUUUUAUGAUAUGGUUCCAAAUUUUUCUUACGUGCAUGUGUGUGUGUAUGUGCGUAUGUGUCGCGUGGGUGUGAAUUGUAUGGAGAAUCUGUAUAUGUAUAAUACUUAUACAUGCGAAUCCAAACAUAUUUGCCCAAUUGAUUGGAGCAAAGUAUUCUCAUUUUUUUUUAUGUGUGACUUAUCAUAUACUGACCAUUUGUCAUGGAAGCUUAAUUAGCCUUUAUAAUUUUUAUAUAACUUUUUUUUACAUUGUUUUUAUAUUCAUAUUUUUCGUUGGUCUCCUUAUAUUCGUUACAUUCGUUGAAUACUGAUUACAUAUAUAAGAUUUAUUCUUUAAGUGUAGCGUAUAUUAUACGUGUGUGUGUAUGUGUGUAAAUACAUACCUACACAUAGAUGUCACGUACACUGUGGUCUCUUGAACAAUGUGUGUUUAAGAUAGUUUUUAAUUUUUAUAAUAUUUAUCCUACAUUGCAAAUCUCUUCACAGACUGUGAUUGUUUCCGACAAAGGACAUCUGUAAUUAUCAAACUGCGUUUAAGUUUAUACUUUUCCCUCAUUUUAGUAUUAAUGUUCGUGCCAUCCACUUAAAUUCAUUUUCUUCAUUUCUUGCCAUAUACUGACAGAUACUCGUUUUAUAAAUAUUAUCAUAUAUAAUCAUAGAUAUUGUUGUGUGCAUGGCUACGCACGUCGCACACACACACAUACAUACUUUUUUUAAGUUAUUAUUAUUGUCAUCAUUAUUAUCGUCAUUGUUAUCAUUUUUUAUCAUCACCAUUAUCAUUGUUACUAUUAUUAUCAUUAUUAUUAUUAUUAUUAUUAUUAUUAUUUAUCUUUAUGUAUUCAUAAAUAUAGUCGUGAAAUAACGACGGACAUGUCUGUAUAUUGUAUAAACGUGCAUAAUGCAACGUGAAAUGUUAGAAAUAUGAUGAGAAAUAUCAAAAAAUUACCUUUGUUAAUAUAAAAAUAAAAUAUUCAACUAUGUACAAUUGCAUCUUCUUAUCAAAAUUUUGCUAAAUUUUGUUGAAAAAAUAAUCAACAUUAAAACAUUUUGUAAUUUGCAUUUGAAUAGAAAAAAUUUACAUUAAUAUAUAAAAAAUACUCAACCAUAAAGUACCCAAUUAUAUUCAUAUUAUAUUGCAUGAAUACUUAUUGCAAUAGUAAGAUUAAUUACAUCUUUGUGAAAUGGAUUGAAAUAUGCUUUUUUUUUUCUUUAAUUUUUUUCCAUCAUAUCUCUAACAUAAUGCGUUUUGAGUAAUACAGAAAAUUCAGGUUUCGUCAGACCUCAAAUAUAAUGAUAUAUAUUAAAAUUAUUUCAUACACAUGUGUGUGUACAUACACACGUAUAUGCAUACACACACACACGCGCGCAUACACAGUUUUAUACACACGAACACACACACACGCACACAUGUGUAUACUAAAAACCGUACGUAAGAGAUCAAUUUAUAUUAAGAUAUUUCAUUGCCACGUACUUGUAACUAUCGAGGCAGAGCGUUAAUCUUAGAUCAUACACAUUAGCGAAUAAGAAUUUAUAUACAAAAUAUACUAUUCGAUAAGAAAAAAGCAGAAAAAGAAAAGCCAAGAAUCGCACGCGGGACGAAUCAAAUAUCGCGCAUUUUCUUUUUAACGCAUAUAUUAGAGAAAAGUUUAAGAUAUACAUUUUUCUUAUAUAACACAAAAAGGAUAUUUAUGAAUUUUGGAGAUGUAAAAGAAAAACUUGAUGGAAAAAACUAGAUUUUAAUUCGAGAAUAAUAUGAUUAUUAAUCUUUUAAUUUAGAAGCUAUUCAUCAAACUGCCGCAUAAAGAUUGAUAACUGGAAAAUAUCACAGAGUUGAUAUUCGGUGGCAAGAAAAAAAAAAAAAUGACACAACGUUUAUUUUGAUCUACUUUAUUAUCUUUUAACGUCACUCUGUUACUUGGGAAAAAGGCGCGAGAUUUGUCAUACGUCCUAUAUAUGCGGAGAGAAACGAGAAUAUAUAAUCGGAAACGAUACGUAGAGUGAUAUAAGACUUGAGGAAAGUAACCUGUUCUUUUGCAGGUGGUAGGCGGGAUAUACAAAUAAUGAUAAAAAAAUAAUGAGAAAUAGCUUUAUGAUUUAUAAAAGAAAGAGAGAGAAAGACAGACAGACAGAUAGACAGAAAAGAAGAGAUGGGAGAAAGGAGAACGGAUGAGAGAAAGAAGCAAAUAUUUCCAAAGUUCGACAUACGUCUUCGACAUACUGUUUAAACAAAUGAGUGGCUCAAGGUCUAUUUUGAAGGAUAGCUAAAAGAACCUAUUCCCUAUUCCCAUCCUCGACGAAACGAGCAAUUGAUUUCUGACGGUUUAUAGUUUAUAUAUAAAACCGAUCGUUUCGUCGAGCUACAUAGAUAUAGUAAUGUUCCUGUAGAAAAAGGAAAGAUAAUAGUUGAUGCGUUUCUAUAAAAGAAAAGAAAGAAAGAAAGAAAUACUUUUCCGGUGCCUUUAUAUUGCGCUGGAUUUCCCAUACCCGUAUAGUUUUCCAUGGUAAGAUGAUCCAAGAUCGAAAAAGCGGCGCGUGCCUCUUCAUUCUUUUCGGAACUACGUGUACACUCGUCCGCCUCCACGACGUUGAUUCGAGCGACCGUCUUCUUCACAUUUUGUAUCUUAAUUUUUUUUUGCGACUGUAAUCGUCGCAAUGAAACGCAAAGAUUCGGAACAACUUGGAUUCCGAAUUAUAACAUGUCGCAGCUUUGAUUUUAUCAAGUAUACCUCGUACAUGUUGAUAUGGAACAGGAUAUAUCUGAAUUUUUUCACGAAAUCAAAAAUGGAUUCGAAAGACAAAAGAGAUAAAUAUAAUUGUUUGUACUGUAUGCGAGUGUGUUGGUUGCAUUUAACGAACGAGGAUGCUAUUUAUUACGUUUAUAUGCCUUUUUCCCUUCUGGAAGAAGAUGUAAAAGAAUAUAAUAUUUGAAUCUUUUCAAACCGAUUGUUUAUUUUAGAAGUUGUAAAAAAAGGGGGGGGUGGGAGGUUGGUAUGAACAAAAGUGCAAUUUCUGUUAAAUAUCAGGCAUGCUCGUUCAGUUUCGAUUCGACUGACAAUGAAAUGUCAGUUAAACUUGAUUCUCCUUUAUCUCGAUUAGAAACGAUCAAUUAAGAAGAAGCGGAUUUUAUAGACGAUGAUGAUAAUAAUAAUAAUAAUAAUAAAACUCAUAGUAAUAACAAUAAUCAUAAUAUUAAUAACAAAACAACAAUAAUAAUGUUAGUAAUAAUAACAAUAAUAAUAAUAGUAAGAUUAGAAGCCACAUAGAGAAGUAAGAUCCGAUUCUCUCGCGACGCGCUUACUAGUUUUAUGCGAAACUACAGAAAAAUAAGAAAAUUAAACGACUUUUCAAGUCAAAGACGAUUUCAACGAUUUCCACUUUAUACGAUAUGUAAUUUUAUCUUUGUUUUAACAAUUAUUCGCUAAUUACUAUUUUAUGUACCGCCUGAGCUCCGUGAACUUUCUCUGAUAAUCUGUUUUGUGUAAUCGUUGCUGUAUACUUUCAAAGAAUACACACGCGCGCGCGCGCGCGCGCGCACACACACACACACACACACACACACACACGUACAUGUAUGUACGUAUGUUCCUUAUUACUUCGACCAGCUAGCUUUUUUAUCGAUUCAUUUGUUACGAAUAGCGAAAAUAUCGUUGAACAGUAGGUUGUGUAAGGACGAAUACUUAAAAAUUGACAAAUCGUCAGAGAAGUCGACUACUCGGCGAUGGGUAACGGAAAGAUUUAAAAGAAAAACAUGACACCAUUUUGACGUAUUCGAAUGUGAGUCUCUCAGAAGAGAUCUCUCACGUAGAGAUGGCAAUGAGAACCAUAUUUUUCUAUGUGCAGUGUCAAAACUUUCGAUUAUCCGUAUUAAGCCGUAGAAGAAAAAAAAAUGAAUUUGAUCAAUUGGUUCGUGCAAAACAAAAGUUGAAGAGAUGAACCGUACAUACACGUUACUCUGCUUUUUGUUCCUGAAACUAUUUCCUAUUUCGUUUCAAUGAUCAUUCAUGUAAGUGACUAUUAUCGCUAUUACGUCAUGUACAUACAAGGAGCAUCUCGUUCAACGGAAGAUUUUGCAUAAACCAAGGCGCGUCGUCAUUCUAUUGUGCGUUUAACGGAGGAUCUCCAACGGACUAUACAGUUUAGUCUUCUUGGCUUAUCUAAUCGACGCCUUGUCGCUACGAGAGUGUGCAUGCGUGCGCGCGCGCGCGCGCGCGCGCGCGUGUGUGUGUGUGUGUGUGUGUGCGCUACGAGUGUACGCGUGAUUACAAAGUUUUUAACUCUGAUAUGUUAACAGGCGAUUGACGAAAAGACAUACAAAUUCCUCGACAUAGUACAAACGCUCAUAAAUUCUUGUUUUUCUCAAAUAGAUUAGAUGCGUGACACGUGACAAGGUGUAUACAAGUCAUACGAGUGAAACGACCGGCUGACCUCGAAGUACGAAUUCCUUUUGUCCAAUAGCGGUAUUAUCUUUUUCCGAUAUACGAAUAAUAUAUCUUGUGUAGGAUGCCGAACGCGAACGAGACUUCGCAAUGCGAUACAUUCGGAUGCCGAGUGUGCUCGAUUCAGUUUGUAUUUUCGAAACAAAUUUUAAAUAUAAUCUCUAUAAAUU